GAUCCCGCCAAGGGAGAAGACACCAAAACCCGGAACACAAAAGCGGCAACGCCAAAACCAACGGGAAAUAGCGAAGGCGGAAAACGGCAGGAAUUUGGGAAAACAGGCUCUGCAGAGAGUCCGCGGGUGCGGGCGCAUUUCGGCAGACGGAGAAGAAAAAAAUCGCGCGCGCAGAGAGUUCACAGAACGACAAAACAAGCAAAAACCACGAGAAACCGCACGGGAGGGGGAUCCCGUUAAGAAAGAAGACGCCAAAACCCGGAACACAAAAGCGGCAAC